CGCAUCUGUUGGCAUCUACCUCUGCAUGAACUAGUAUCGUCGGGACUCAACCUCGUGCGCGUAUGUAUGCCCACAUGGCCACGUUCAGACCCCACCGGACCGGUUUGGCCUCCCCAGCCACGGAGCUGGAUGCAAUCAGUGCUCAUGGGCAAGGUAAACCCUCCGCCCGGCGAUAUUUACAGCUAUCUUCAAGAAGGAAAACUUCUUAAGUCUCUCUAAAGAUGGCUUGAGUGCUUUCAUGUAGCUCAACCAAAAUCCCCGUCUCUCUCUUUUUGUACAAUAAUUGUAUUUUCGACUCAACGUCGCAACCACCAUGUCUCCUUCCAAGACUCCCAAUGAGUCUAGCUGGUACCAUGAGCCUGAGAUGUCCCAAAUCCUGGGGCGAGACAAGCUCAUGCCUAUUGCUGUCAUUGGUAUGGCAUGCAGGUUUCCCGGAGAUGCUACCUCUCCAGAAGCUCUCUGGGAGAUGCUCGCUCGGAAGAAAUCUGGACUUGUGGAGAUCCCAAAAUCUCGGUUCAACAUCGACGCUUUCUAUCAUCCGGACCCCGAUCGGAAUGGUACUUUUAACGUGCGAAAGGCACAUUUUGUGAAAGAUGACAUCGCAGCUUUUGAUGCUCCUUUCUUUUCCGUUUCCCCUGCGGAAGCUAAGGCCAUGGAUCCGCAGCAACGGAUGGUGUUGGAAUCAGCCUACGAAGCCUUGGAAAACGCUGGCGUUCCAAUGGAAGAUGUUGCAGGGUCCAAUACCAGCUGUUACGUUGGUUGCUUUUCUCGCGACUACAAUGAGCUUCUUGCCCGUGACCCGGAAACAGCCCCAGUAUAUGUAUCGACUGGGAAUGGUGCCGCUAUUCUCUCGAAUCGUGUUAGUUAUUUCUUUGAUAUGAAAGGACCUAGUUUGACAGUGGACACUGCCUGUAGCAGCAGUUUGGUUGCUCUGCACCUCGCAUGUCAAAGUUUGCGGAAUGGUGAGAGCAAAAUGUCCAUUGUUGGUGGGACGAAUCUCAUCUUCUCCCCGGACGUCAUGAUCGCCAUGUCAAAUGUCCACUUUCUGGGUCCGGAUUCCAAAUGCUACACCUAUGACAACCGAAGCAAUGGCUACAGUCGUGGGGAAGGCAUCGCUGCGAUCAUUUUGAAGCCUCUUGAGGACGCCGUGAGAGAUAACGAUACCAUCCGAGCCGUUAUUCGUGGAACUUUCUGCAACCAGGACGGAAGAACAGCCGGGAUCAUGUUGCCAUCUCGACAAGCGCAAGAAGAGUUGAUCACAAUGGCCUAUAACGAGUCUGGAUGUGAUCCUGCAGCCGUCGGCUACUUCGAGGCGCAUGGCACCGGAACCCCAGCAGGUGAUCCCCUGGAAGCCGGGGCUAUUGGUUCAACACUGGCAAAAUAUCGUCAAGAGGGAGAUCAUGGCAAGCUUUAUGUCGGAUCUGUCAAAACAAAUCUCGGUCAUUUAGAGGGAGCUAGUGGACUGGCUAGUUUCAUCAAGACUGUUUUGAGUCUGGAAAGAGGCGUGAUUCUUCCUAACUUGUGGUUUGAGAAAGGCAAUGAACGCAUUGAUUUCGAAGGAUGGCGGAUCAAGGUACCUACUGAGCUCAUACCCUGGCCGAUGAGAGGCGUUCGGCGAGCCAGUAUCAACUCAUUCGGAUUUGGCGGAACCAAUGCUCACGUCAUUCUUGAUGACGCCUACCACUAUCUCAAAAGCAGAGGCCUUAAAGCUGCACACCGAACUUCGCGAAAGCCGUUACUUCUCGAAGAUGAACCAAUUAGCAAUGGGAACGCCUAUAUCGACUCCUCAUCAAGCUCAUCUAGUAUCGGAUCGGACGAUGGGUACGGCAGCGGGCAUCAUACUCCAGUUUCAAGCAUCGGGGUGCCUCCUAAAGACCGUUAUCGCAUUUUCAAGUGGGCAACCCAUGAAGAGGGGGUUGCGAAGAAUAACGCCCAGGCGUAUGCAAACGCCCUUGAGACACGUAAGGAGAUCGAUGAAGGAAUUUUCUUGAAUGAUUUGGCAUAUACGCUCCAGCGUCGUUCACAGCUGCCAUUAAAAUGCCACAUUAUUGCCAAGUCAGUCAAUGAUCUUGUUACGAAAUUGAGGUCUUCUCGACAAAAGCCAAUUCGAACCGACAAGCAAGCCCCUAGAAUAGCGUUUGUCUUCACCGGUCAAGGGGCCCAGUGGUGGGGAAUGGGCCGAGAACUUAUCUCGAUAUACCCUAUUUUUGCAGAAAGUAUUCAUGAGGCAGAUAAGGCGGUCUCCUCAUUUGGGGCACCCUGGUCGUUGGUCGAGGAACUCACCAAAGACAAAGCGAACUCUCGCGUCAACGAGGCACUCAUCAGCCAACCUCUCUGCACCGCCGUUCAGCUCGCCUUGGUUGACCUCUACGCGAGCUGGGGAGUAUCCCCACAGCGAGUCAUUGGUCACUCAAGUGGUGAGAUCGCUGCUGCAUACGCAUGUGGUGCUUUACCAUUUACGUCCGCUAUGAAAGUAUCCUACUAUCGUGGUCUUCUAUCAUCCCAAGUUAAGGAUAUCUCUAAGGAACCCGGUGCAAUGCUUGCGGCUGGCCUGGGAGUUAAAGAUGCAGAGGAACGCGUCAAGACUCUCGAUUCGAAUUUUGGGAAAGCCGUUGUUGCUUGUAUCAAUUCGCCGUCUAAUGUCACGAUUUCGGGCGAUGAAAGCGCCAUUGAUGAGAUCAAAAAUGCUCUUGAUAAAGAUAAGAUCUUUACCCGCAAGUUGAUGGUCGACGCCGCCUAUCAUUCUCAUCACAUGCAACUAGUCUCUCAGCAAUAUCUGGACACACUCGCUGGUCUUGAGGUCCGACCCCCAGACCAACGACGGUCCGUCGAGAUGAUAUCUACGGUCACCGGGAUGGAUGCGGGCUAUGAGUCAUUCGAUGCAUCCUACUGGGUUCGAAAUAUGGUCUCACCUGUUCGAUUCGCGGAUGGUCUAGCCUCGCUCUGCACUGUGGCCAAGUCUGGUAGAAGCCAAAGACUACGAAACAAAGCCACCGUAGAUAUCUUGGUAGAAAUAGGGCCUCACUCCGCGCUUGCUGGUCCUAUUAAGCAGAUUUUAGUCGUUCCUGCUCUCCAGAAAUCGGGAAUUGCGUACCAGUCAGCCUUGGUUCGCGGUCAAGAUGCUUGCGAAACUGCCCUUGAAGUCGCUGCUGUGCUACACUCCAAGGGCUGUCCUGUGGACAUCGAGAAGGUCAACUUCCCUGGUGAGGAGCACCUGAAACCCCAAGUGCUGGUUGAUCUACCAUCUUACCCUUGGAACCACAAUAAGAAGUUUUGGGCAGAGUCAAGACUAAGCGAGGAUUAUCUACAUCGUAAGGUCCCAAGAAACGACUUCCUCGGAGCCCCGACGGUUGACUGGAACCCCAUUGAACCUCGUUGGAGAAACUUCAUUCGUAUUGGUGAGCAACCUUGGGUCAGGGACCACCAAGUUCAAGAAUCGAUCGUCUACCCCGGCGCAGGAUACAUCUGUAUGGCUUUGGAAGCCGCGAGACAAAUGGUUCUUCCUUCUGAUGUCGAUAGAGUCGUCGGCUUCACGAUACAGGAGCUCAUCAUCUCGCGAGCUUUGGUAGUCCCCCAAGCUGAAACAGGCAUCGAGACCAUCUUUUCUCUUCGACCUUUCAACACCUGUUCCAAAUCGUCGUCGGACAAGUGGAAUGAGUUCAGGCUUUUUUCUUGGAGGGAAGAUGGUUGGAGUGAACAUUGUCGCGGUUUGAUCUCAACGAAAUAUAUUCAUACAACAUCCGAGGUUGACGCUGGGACUGAGGAACGAGAAGCGUUGAAAAAGUACCAACAAGAACUCGAGACUGCUGCUUGUGUUUGCACUACUAAAACGUCGCCUGAUACGGUCUAUGAGGAUUUAUCUAAAGCCGGUCUCGACUAUGGGCCGACUUUCCGGAAUCUCAUUGAAGUAUCUCAUGGAUCCGGCCAAGCCUUUGGCAUGCUUCAGAUCCCGGACACAAAGAGCGUCAUGCCCUACCAGUACGAACACGAUCAUCUUCUGCAUCCUGCCACUAUGGAUACUUUCCUUCAGAUACUUUUCCCCGCGUUGAUCGAUGUAGCGACAAACGUCAAAGAGCCAUACAUGCCAACCUUUGUACAGGAGCUCUAUGUCUCCAGCAAGAUUUCCAACGUGCCAGGGCAAAAAUUCAGAGCACUAUCCAAAGCUGCAUUUGUUGGUUUCCGCGAAGCUGCUGCCACUGUUCAUGUCUUUGACGAGGAUUCGCCUGAGCCCGUCCUCCGUAUCGAGGGUGUCAAGUGCACCGCACUGACUAGCUCUGGAGGGUCUGACGAUGACGAUCUGUCCGAAUCUAAGAAGCUAUGCUUCGACCCACUUUGGGAACCAGAUCUCGAAUUUCUGGACAAGCCUCAGAUGGAGCAGGUCCUUUGCACUGGUGGUGCUGAGGACACUCCUUCUGAAUAUAUUGCUCAACUUGAAAUGGUGGCACAUUAUUUCUAUGAGCAGGUCAUCCGUAAUAUCAAGGAUGAGGAAGUGAAUUCAAUGUCCUCACACCACCAGAAGUACUUUCGGUACAUGCAGCAUCAACACGACUUGGUAAAACAAGGCAAAGUAGAGCAUCAAAAUGAGGACUGGCUUCGGUUUGAUGAGCCUGAAGUGCAAGAGAAGAUGCAGCAACUCAUUGCACGUAUUGAAGGUACUGACCAUGAGGGUCAGCUUUUGUGCCGAAUGGGAAACCGACUUACUUCAGUACUGCGACAGGAAGUUGAUCCCCUAGCUCUGAUGCUUGAUGGUGGUUUACUCUACGACUACUACGCGAACUCCCUCGGCAUAGCCACCUCAUAUUCGCAGCUGGCUAGAUACAUAACUCUCAUGUCGAAUAAAAACCCUGAUCUUGAAUUCUUGGAGAUUGGAGCUGGCACGGGAGGUGCUACUGUCCCAAUCCUGGGGGCCCUCGGGGGCAGUAAAGGCACUUAUCCGCGAUUCAAGUCAUACACUUAUACCGACAUAUCCUCCGGGUUCUUCGAAAAGGCCGAGGAAAAAUUUAAGGAGUGGAAGGGCCUGAUUGACUUCCGUAAGUUAGAUGUCGAGACUGAUCCUGACAAGCAAGGCUUCGAGGGAAAGCAGUUCGACGUGAUCAUGGCAUUCAAUGUCCUUCACGCCACCAAGGAUAUUAAAAACACCCUGGAGAAUACUCGAAAACUCCUCAAGCCAGGCGGCAAACUACUGCUACUAGAGAUCACCCAUGUUCUCAACCGUGUCUUCCUCCCCUUUGGAUGUCUGCCAGGGUGGUGGUUAUCGGAGGAGAGUUAUAGACAAUGGGGUCCGACUAUGACCGAAGAGAAAUGGACAGAAGUCUUGCGAGAGACUAGAUUUGGACCCCUGUUGUCCAGCACACCGGACCACCAGAAUCCCCGUGACCAAACUGGACGACUCAUGAUCACUGAAGCUAUCGAGAGCCUGCCUAUUGGAGAAACUCCUCAGGAACGUCCUUCGUCUAUCAUUCUCGUUCACAGUGGCAAUACUUUCCAAAGCCAACCUUUAAUUGACGAAUUGCAGACAGAACUAGCGGCUAACCAAAUAAAUGUGUCGACAUGUUCUUUUGCAGGCCUCGCGGAAUUAGAGAUCGCAAACAAAGUCAUCGUUUCCUUUGCCGAACUCGACCAGCCGCUGCUACGCGACAUCAGCUCCCAAGACUUUGGGACUCUCAAGCGCAUUCUUCAUGAAUCAUCAGGUCUGCUCUGGCUGACUAAGGGCGCCUGCCAAGAGGCAGCUCGACCAGAUCUCGCCCUUAUGCAUGGGUUGGCAAGAACUCUCCGAGCAGAACAUGAAGGAUUCCCACUUGUUUCGUUCGAUUAUUCCGCGGAGAACCCUCUUCCUCCGACGCAAGCUGUAUCGCUUCUUAUGAAGGUCUUCAGAAGUGUGUACAUGGAAAGAAAGUCGACCGAUUUUGAAUAUUCAGAAAGACAUGGUCUGCUAUUCAUCAAACGCUGCGUUGAAGCUGCUAGUCUUAACAGCCAGAUCGCUGGCCAGACUAAUACCGACCGCCGUGCCCCCGAGCCGCAGCCAUUCUAUCAGCCAGGACGACCCCUUACUCUUGCAAUCGAAACGCCUGGACUUCUUGAUACCCUUGUAUUCAAGGAUGACUAUGUUGCGUCACAGUCUGUUGCCCCAGAUUAUGUUGAGAUUGAAGUGAAGGCUGCCGGCUUGAACUUCCGCGACAUCAUGGUCAGCAUGGGCCAACUUGUCGAUGACUUUUUGGGAUGCGAGUGUAGUGGAGUUGUGACCAGGGUUGGCACUGAAGUAACAAGACUCAAGAUCGGCGAUCGUGUCACGACUUGGACUCUCGGAGCCUAUUGCAACUAUUUGCACAACCCUGCUGCUCUCGUCCAACGCAUCCCGGAUAGUAUGCCUUACCAUGUAGCUGCGUCUUUGCCGAUUGUCUACUGCACUGCCUACUACGGAUUAAUAUACAUGGCUCGUCUUGUUAAAGGCGAGUCUGUAUUGAUUCACGCAGCUGCUGGUGGUGUCGGUCAGGCUGCAAUCAUGCUUUGUAAGCUGUUCGACGCCGAAAUAUAUGUGACUGUUGGCACAAAGGAAAAGAAGGAGCAUAUAAUGAAGACGUAUAACAUUCCUGAGGAUCACAUAUUUUCUAGUCGAGAUCUCUCCUUCGCCGAGGGUAUCAAACGUAUGACAGGAGGGAAGGGAGUUGACGUCGUGCUCAAUUGUCUUGCAGGAGAGGCUCUCAAGGCAACCUGGAAAUGCAUUGCCACCUUUGGCCGUUUCGUCGAGAUUGGUAAAAAGGACAUUGAAGAUAAUACUCGACUAGACAUGGCACCCUUCAUCCGAAACGUAGUUUUUGCUUCUGUUGAUCUUACUGUAAUCUUCCGCCAUCGGAAAGCACUUGGCGCAGAGCUUCUGUCUGAGGUGAUGAAACUCUUGCACAACGGAGAUAUCGGAGAGGUGUCCCCAAUCAAGGUAUUCUCAUUCUCUCAGAUUGAAGAAGCUUUUCGAUACAUGCAAGCUGGAAAGCAUAUGGGCAAGAUCAUUUUGGAGCCCAAGGCGGACGACAUUGUACCAGUUGUUCCACGGCCUGAUCAAGGCCUCCAAUUCAAGGCCAAUGCUUCCUAUCUGAUUGUGGGUGGCUUUGGUGGCCUCGGCCGAAGCAUGGCCCGUUGGAUGCAAACUCGAGGUGCGAAGAACUUGAUCAUGCUCUCUCGCUCAGGUGGAGGGAGCGAAGCUGCACAGACCCUCAUCAAAGAGCUUUCGGAACUUGGCGUCCGCGUCGAACCUGUUGCUUGUGACAUCAUCAACGAGGACGAAUUGAAAACGGGACUUGCCAAGAUCAGGGAGACAAUGCCUCCAAUUCGAGGCGUCAUUCAAGCUGCUAUGCAUCUUGAAGACCGUAUCUUUGAUAAUAUGCCGUUAGAUGUUUUCCACAAGGUCGUUCGACCGAAAGUACACGGCACUUGGAACCUUCAUCAAGCAACUCUCUCGCAACCCCUCGACUUCUUUGUGAUGCUUGCUUCAGCAGCCGGCAUGGUCGGAGACACAUCCCAGGGCAAUUAUGCCGCUGCCAACGCAUUCCAAGAUGCCCUUGCCCACUACCGCGUCGCUCGCGGUCUUCCUGCCACAACGAUUGAUCUUGGCAUGGUUAGAUCCGUGGGCUACGUAGCCGAAAAUCAAGGCGCUGCUGAACGAAACCUAGCACGCUGGGGAUUCCUUCAAAUCGAAGAAGCUGAAUUCCUCGCUAUGCUCGAAAUCGCGAUGACUGGCAAGCAAGUUCAAAUUGUGACCGGCGUUGGCACACAAGCACAUUUCGACCGUUCCGAGGGCGAGAUUCCACAUUGGUUCCGCGAACCAUCGUUUUCACAUCUCCACAAAAUGCGGGCUCGCGUUGUCGAGUCUGACAAAAAUGCCGGACCCUCCAUUUCGCAGCGCUUGAAGGAGUCGACGUCCUUGACCGAAGGUGCCGCUGUUGUGCUCGAGGCUGUGCUGACGAAGCUCUCCAAGUCGUUGAUGAUUCCAAUGGAAGAGUUGGAUGCCUCGGCGCCGACGAGCGUGUAUGGUGUUGACUCUCUAGUUGCUGUUGAGAUAAGAAACUGGCUGGGGCGGGAGAUGAAGGCAGAUGUUCCUGUAUUUGAGAUUCUCCAAGCUUCUUCGCUGCAGAGUUUGAGUUAUAAGAUUGCGGAGAAGAAUGGGCCACGGGUCCCAUAA